AACCAGCCACAACGGAUCAGUUUUUGACAUACCGGCCUACGUCCCAGGACUUUUUCCCUUUGGACCAGUGACUUUCAACGACGAGCAGGAGGCGAGACAGAGAAGAAUCCCAGCAAAAUCAUGGCUAACCCACAGGCACUGUGGGCGUUAGUCCUUCUCGGCACUUGGGCGCUGCUGCCGGCGACGAUCGAAGGCGCCACUGCCCGAUUCAAGUGCCAAGAGGAAGGAUUUGCAGCUGAUCCCAAUGAUUGCAGUGCUUUCUACCGAUGCGUACAGGAAGAUGACAAACUAACAGCGUACACAUUCCGUUGUGGACCGGGAACCGUAUUCUCCGAAGUUGAAAACAUCUGCGUCCAUCCGAGCGACUCUGAACGACCGGAAUGUGGCGGCGGAAACAACGAGCUCGAUGGGCCUAUGAACGAAGAAUCUAUUAAUAAUGGCAGCCCUGCUGAGUCACAAUCCCCACAGCAACCGGAAUCACAGCAUCCAGAGCCUCAACAACCAGAACCACAGCAACCUGAACCACAACAACCAGAACCAAAACAACCAGAACAACAGCAACCUGAACCACAGCAACCUGAACAACAGCAACCAUCGGGAUCAGAGCAGGCCUCAAAUUCCGAAAAUGAAAAUGAUCUCAGCUCCGGAAGCGAAGGCAGCGAUAAUGGUACCGACAAUUCGGAAGCUCCGUCCAGUGAGCAUCCUGCUGCUAUGGCAGAUAACUCGCCAUGUACCGACGAUGGUUUUAUUGGAGAUACCGAUGACUGCCAGAUGUUCUACCGGUGCGUAUCGAACGGUCAGGGAGGUUUCACUAAAUAUCCCUUCCGUUGCGGUGACGGAACGGUCUGGGAUGACCAGAUUAACUCGUGCAACCACGCCAACGCUGUCGAACGGUGCCAACCGAAAACCGCAAAUGACUACGUAACGAAUUCGGAAAGCUUCAGCCAAUCGAAUGCUUCUCAGGAGCAUAAUAUGACCGAAAACAACAGUUCAAUGUCGGCAAAUGGAGCAACAACUAAUAUGACGUCUUCGGCAAGCAGCAGCAAUAGCAACAUAAACAACUAUCAGAACAUGACUUCCUCGACCAGCGAUGGACAAGGAUCAUCUUCUUCGAGUAGUUCCAGCGCUAGCAAUAGUAGCAGCAGCAGUAGUAGCAGCUCGAGCAGUUCUUCAACGACAAGCUCAUCGUCUGGCAGCGGAGGUUCAAGCAACAAUAAUCAAUCGAACAACCAGAAUCAAGGUUCAAGCAGCAGUAACAACAACAACAACAACAACAACAACAACAACAACAACAACAACAACAACAACAACAACCAAGGUCAGAAUCAAUGGUCCAAUCAGCAGCAGUCGUCUAACAACCAAUGGAACAAUAAUAACCAAGGUCAAAACAAUCAAAACCAGUGGUCUAAUAAUAAUCAAAAUAAUCAAAACAACCAAAACAAUCAAUGGAGCAAUAGUAAUCAAAACAACAAUAAUCAAAAUAAUCAAGGUCAAAACAAUCAAAAUCAAUGGUCCAAUAAUAAUCAAAAUAAUCAAAACAAUCAAUGGAGCAGUAGCAAUCAAAAUAAUCAAGGUCAAAGCAACCAAAAUCAAUGGUCCAAUAAUAAUCAAAAUCAAAAUAAUCAAAACAAUCAAUGGAGCAGCAGCAAUCAAAAUAACCAAGGUCAAAACAAUCAAAAUCAGUGGUCCAAUAAUAAUCAAAAUCAGAAUAAUCAAAAUAAUCAAAACAAUCAGUGGAGCAACAAUAAUCAAAAUAGUCAAGGGCAAAACAAUCAAAAUAAUCAAAAUAACCAAAACAACCAGUGGAACAACAAUAAUCAAAAUAAUCAAGGGCAAAACAAUCAAAAUCAGUGGUCCAAUAAUAAUCAAAAUCAAAAUAAUCAAAAUCAGUGGUCUAAUAAUAAUCAAAACAACCAAAACAAUCAAGGUAGUAGCAAUCAAAAUGGUCAAAAUAAUCAAAACAACCAAUGGAAUAAUAAUCAAAAUAAUCAAAAUAAUCAAAACAAUCAAAACAAUCAAUGGAGCAGCAGUAAUCAAUCGAAUAAUAACAGCCAAAAUAACCAGAACAAUCAAAGCAACCAAUCGGGUAGCAACAAUCAGAGCCAGAGCAAUCACAACAGUCAAUCAAACAAUAAUAAUCAAGCCUCUCAAAGUGGCCAAAGCAGUUCACAACAACAAUCCAGCAGUAGCAGCCAAUCAAGUAGCAACAAUCAAAGUAAUCAAGGAUCUACCAACAAUCAAUCUAAUAACAGUAAUCAAAGCAAUCAAGGAUCCAGCAACAAUCAACAAACUAGCAAUAAUAACAAUAGCAACCAAAAUAACUCCCAGUCAAACAACAAUAAUAAUCAACAAACAAGCAAUCAACAGUCCAACAAUAAUAAUAAUAAUAACGAACAAACGAAUAAUCAAGGUCAAAACAAUCAAAAUCAGUGGUCUAAUAAUAAUCAAAAUCAAAAUAAUCAAAACAACCAAAACAAUCAAUGGAGCAGCAGCAACCAAUCGAAUAAUAACAGCCAAAAUAACCAGAACAAUCAAAGCAACCAAUCGAGUAGCAGCAAUCAGAGCCAGAGCAAUCAAAACAGUCAGUCAAACAAUAAUAAUCAAGCCUCUCAAAGUGGCCAAAGCAGUUCACAACAACAAUCUAGUAGUUCCAAUCAAUCUAAUAACAACAAUCAAAGCAAUCAAGGAUCUAGCAUCAACCAAUCUAAUAACAGCAAUCAAAGCAAUCAAGGAUCUAGCAAUAAUCAAUCUAGUAACAGUAAUCAAAGCAAUCAAGGAUCCAGCAGCAAUCAAUCUAAUAACAGUAAUCAAAGCAAUCAAGGAUCAAGCAACAAUCAACAAACUAGUAAUAAUAACAAUAGCAACCAAAAUAGCUCCCAAUCUAACAGCAAUAACAAUCAACAAACAAAUAAUCAACAAACAAACAAUCAACAAUCCAACAAUAAUAAUAACGGACAAACAAAUAAUCAGCAAACCAACAACAACAACUCUCAAACUUCAACAAAUACACAAACCUCAUCUACACAAUCCACUACAACCCAAACACAAACAACUGAAACUCCCACAACACAAUCUCAAACAACACAAGUACCAUCUACACAAGCUCCUGCUACAGUAGCCCCAAUCACACAAGGACCAACAACACAAGCUCCAACGAUUGAAGCUUCAACAUCGCAAAGCUCAUCAACACAAGCUCCUACUACACAAGCUUCAUCGAUGCAAUUUUCGACAACACAAGCGCAAACAACACAAGCACCAACAACUCAAGCACCAACAACACAAGCACCAACAACACAAACACAAACAACACAAGCACCAACAACACUAGCACCAACAACACAAGCACAAACAACACAAGCGCAAACAACACAAGCGCCAACAACACUAGCACCAACAACACAAGCACAAACAACACAAGCACAAACAACGCAAGCGCAAACAACACAAGCACCAACAACAUUAGCACCACCAACAACACAAGCGCCAACAACACAAGCACAAACAACACAAGCGCAAACAACACAAGCAUCAACAACACAAGCACCAACGACUCAAGCACCAACAACACAAGUUCCGACUACGGGGGUUCCAACAACACAAGCCACAUCUACACAAGACACAACCACACAAGCUCCCUCAACGGAAGCACCCACAACACACGCUCCAUCAACACAAGCUCCAACAUCACAUGCUUCUUCUACACAAGUUACGACUUCACAAAGUCCUACAACGGAAGCUCCUAUCACACAUUACACGACUACACAAGCUCAUUCAACAGAAGCUUCCACAACACAAGCUCCCAUCACUCAGGACACUACAACAGAAGCUUCAUCUACACAAACACCACCACCAUCACCAACAACAACACAGGAGGCUACCUCGGAGCCUUCGUCCACUCAAGCACCAUCCAACGUGGAAACAACCACUACAUCAACACAAACAACCACAACGACUACACAGGCCACUAUGGUUACUCAAGCCAUUUCAACCUCAACAACAUCGACUGAAUCUACCACUCUGUCUCCUACAGCUUCAACUGAAGACAGCACGAAUCCAGAUCUCAACGAAGUUCAAGCUACCUCAAGUACGACAGCUGCUACCACUACUACCACAGUUUCGUCAAGCUCACAAACUACCACCGCACCAGCUUCUUCCUCGUCCGGCAGCUCACCUGCUUGUACCGGUGAUGGCUUCAUGGGUGAUCCUAACGACUGUCAGAAGUUCUACCGAUGCGUAUCCAAUGGACAGGGAGGAUAUACCAAAUACGACUUCAAGUGUAGUGAUAAUACGGUUUGGGAUGAUAGUAUCCAGAAUUGUAACCAUGCAUGGGCUGUUGAAAAUUCGCGAUGCGGCCAAGGAAUGUCACAAGGAUCAGGAAGUGGAGGAUCCCAAGGACCAAGCAAUAACAAUCAAGGUUCAAGCGGUCCGAGCAAUAACAACCAAGGUCCAAAUGGUCCCAACAACAACAACCAAGGUCCAAAUGGUCCCAACAACAACAACCAAGGUCCAAAUGGUCCCAACAACAACAAUCAAGGCCCAAAUGGUCCCAACAACAACAACCAAGGUCCAAAUGGUCCCAACAACAACAACCAAGGUCCAAAUGGUCCCAACAACAAUAACCAAGGUCCAAAUGGUCCCAACAACAACAAUCAAGGCCCAAAUGGUCCCAACAACAACAACCAAGGUCCAAAUGGUCCCAACAACAACAACCAAGGUCCAAAUGGCCCUAACAACAACAACCAAGGUCCAAAUGGUCCCAACAACAACAACCAAGGUCCAAAUGGUCCAAACAACAACAAUCAAGGUCCUAAUGGUCCAAAUGGUCCAAAUGGUCCAAAUGGUCCAAAUGGUCCCAAUGGUCCAAAUGGUCCAAAUGGUCCUAAUAGUCCUAAUGGUCCAAAUGGUCCAAAUGGUCCAAAUGGUCCAAACGGUCCAGAUGGUCCCAGCGGACCUGAUGGUCCUAGUGGUUCCAACAAUAACAACCAGGGCUCAAGUGGUCCCAGCAAUAACAAUCAAGGUCCAAACGGUUCAAACAACAACAACCAAGGCCCAAAUGGACCCAACAACAACAAUCAAGGUUCAAAUGGUCCCAACAACAACAACCAAGGUCCAAAUGGGCCCAACAACAACAACCAAGGUCCAAAUGGUCCAAAUGGCCCUAAUGGAGGAGAUGGUCCAGGUGGUCCAAAUGGAUCCAAUGGCCCCAAUGGUCCAAAUGGACCUAAUGGUCCGGAUGGUCCCAAUGGCCCCGAUGGUCCAAAUGGUCCCAACGGCGAAGGACAAGGUCCAGCUGGUCCGGAUAGUGGAAAUCAGGGACCAAACGGCCCCAACGGCGAAGGACAAGGUCCAAAUGGACCCGAUAACAACAAUCAAGGUCCUAGCGGUCCAAAUGGACCCAAUGGACCAAGUAGCCCUAACGGACCCAAUGGCCCAGAUGGAUCAGGUUCGCAAUCGAACCAGACACAGUCAACCAUCCCACCGUGUCAACAGCCUUCAACAACUAGUGCACCAGCCGUACCUGCUGGAUCAAACGGAGUCUGCGAACGAGAAGGAUUUAUGGAACACGAAUCUAACUGCAAAAAAUUCUACCGCUGCGUUGAUAAUGGAAAUGGUGGUUACACUCGGUAUGAGUUCAGUUGCGGUGCUGGCACUGUUUGGGACAAUGAUAUUUUGGCCUGCAACCACCCUGACUCCGUUCAAAACUCUAAGUGUGGCUCAGGAACUGGUGGACGUCCUGAGGGAGGAAGUCCUUCUGGGCCAGGUAAUACCUAUCUACCACCAGAUUCAUCUAGCACUACUGAAGCUAUGUCGUCGUCAUCAGAAAUGUCCACUGAAGGUUCAACAACUGCUGGUAGCGUAGAUAGUACCAGCGAAACCCAACAAAUGGUGACUGAAGGAGCUACUUCAGCUGCGGAAUCCACGACUAGCUCUGGACAAGAAGCCACAAGUGCUGCAGGCCAGGAAACUACCGAAGCUCCAAAGGAGGAAACCACCGCAUCAGCGCAAGAAACUACAUCCGCUUUGGUUGAGCAGACCACCACUGUCUCUAGUCAAGAAACAACCGCUUCCAGCCAGGAAACAACUUCUACAGCGCCAGAAGAAUCGACAACCGGACAAGCAGAAACCACCCAAUCUGGAGCAAGUACUACUCAACCUGGAGAAACCACAACAUCCGAAACAACUGAACAAACUACAGAAACUCAAUCAGCCACAACUCUUUCUCCGGAAGGUUGUAACUCCGAAGGAUUUAUGAAACAUGAUAGCGAUUGUAAAAAAUUCUAUCGAUGCGUAGACAACGGUAAGGGUGGCUUCAACAAAUACGAAUUCUCUUGCGCUGAUGGAACGGCAUGGGAUCAGAGCAUCCAAGCUUGUAACUACGAAUAUGAAGUGCCAAACUGCGGAGCUGAUCGCCCACCGGAGCCUACUCCUGAACCAGACGCCCAGAGCACUCAGUCACCUCCUGGAUCGGAAAAUCAAAUGACAACCACUACAUCGGCAGCGGAAAGUACUACGCAAGCACAAGAAUCUAGCACUACUGAAGCAGCACAGGAAAGCACUACGGCGAUUCAAGAAUCUACCACUUCAGCCAGCGAAACAACUACACUGACUCAAACUGAAACUGCCCAAACAGAUAGUACUACUUCAGCCCAAGAAACAAGUACUGGCUCAGCUCAGGAAACAACAACAUCUGCAGCACAGGAGACUACGACCACAGCAGCAGCUCAAGAAAUGACUACCACGGCUACUCAGGAAACCACCACAGCCGUGGCUCUAGAAACGACUACCACAGCAAUUCAAGAAACGACUACCGAAGGAACCCAAGAAACGACUACCGCAGCAGCUCAGGAAACAACGACAGCAGUGGUUCAAGAAACCACCACUGCCAGCCAAACUACACCUGUGGAAUCAAUGACUACGACGAACUCACCUCAGGAAACGACAACUUCGGAAACUCAGAUUACAACUGAUGGAGCUGUGGAGAAUACGACCUCUGAAGAAAAACAGGAAACAUCUACUAAACCUGCUGAAAGCACCACCUCUGGGCAAGAAAUGACUACCAGUCAACCAUCCACCGGAGAGUGCACAUCAGAAGGCUUCAUGGGUGAUCCAAACAACUGUAAGAAGUUCUACCGCUGCGUCGAUAACGGCAAAGGUGGCUACACCAAGUAUGAUUUCACUUGCGGCGAUGGAACGGCUUGGGAUCAGAGUCUCCAGACGUGCAACCACGAUAAUGUAGUUGAAAUGUGCGGUGGUCAAUCUACAGGCGAGCCAAGUGCCACCACAACGAAUGCUCCACAAAUGGAAACGACUACCGCUGGUCAGGAAAUGACUACCGCUGGACAAGAAACGACUACUGCUGGACAGGAAACGACUACCGCUGGAGAGGAUACGACUACCGCUGGACAGGAAACGACACCUGCACAGACUGGUCAGGAAACUACCACACAGGCAGGUCAGGAAACAACGACACAGGCAGGUCAGGAAACAACGACACAGGCAAGUGGGGAGACAACCACGAUGGCCGGUCAGGAAACCACGAUGCAACCGGAUACAACUACACAAGGGUCACAGAUGACUACCACGGAUGAGUCAAUGACGACUCAAGAAUCAACCGAAGGAACAACUCAACCAACUGCUGAGACCACCACACAGCCUGCAGUGGAAACUACUGCUCAAACGACUGAAGCUGGACAAGAAACCACCGCCCAAGCUGUCACUGAUCCAGCACAGGAAACAACCUCACAGCCUUCAGAAGGAACUACUCAACCAAGUCAGGAAACUACAACCUCAGCUAUGGUAACAGAAUCCCAAACCGAACCAGCUACUGAACCAUCUGGUAUGGAAACAACUACCCAAGGUACCCAGAAGCCGCCAUCUUCCGGUUCAGGAGACUGCCCUCCAGUUGGUGACGGUCAAGCUCUGUUCGUCUGCCCAACUGGUUUCCGUCGACAUCCCCAGGAUUGUAGCAUGUUCUACCAGUGUACGCAGAAACCGAACAGCAUGGAUUACAGCAUAACGGUAUUCAGCUGUCCGAACUCAACAGUCUACCACGAAGAAGGAAUUCAGUGCAACGAACCAGCCCCUGGAGAUGAGCAGUGCCAAUCGCCAAGCAUGCGAUUCCUGCGCAGUGCCAUUGGACCACAGGUUCAAGUCAUGCAACUACGCUCAACGAAACCACUCUGCCCAGCAGAGGGUCAUUUCGCGUUAGAUGACCAGAAGUGCAGCUCGACAUUCGUACGCUGCUUAGCUGGUGAAGGCCGAAGCGAUGGCAGCCUUCAGCCGAACAUGUACCGCUGCCCGAAGGGCUACGUCUACUGGGGCGUAAGCCGCCGCUGCGAACGGGUAGCGAAAAUACCCGAAUGUCAGAACGCACCUAUGCAGGAGCGGUCCGAACUGCCGGUCGAAUGGAUCAACAUUGGCAACCGGCGAAGAAGUUUGUUCUGAGCUUCUCUUCGGAAAUACUCUGAUGUGUGCAGAACGAAACCGAUUAGUCAACGACCUUUCAGACGACAACGAGACGAGACGCACGCUUAGUUUGAUAAGUUAGUUGUAGUGAUUUUAGAAAUAUUCCACUAACUAUCCUGUUACUACAGAAAAGCUGCCACCAACAGGACUGAUAAAGUAACAAUUAUCCGCUGAUCAAUAUUUCCACAUCGAAAAUUACUAAUCCCAAAAGACACGAGCUUAGUACAAGAGAGAUUUAAGUGACAAUUGCGACAUCUAUCUAGUUCUAGUCAGAAAGAUGUCAUAUUUUUAUGAAACGCCACUUGAAAGCCAUAUAUCCAAGAUCCAAGACAAUUCCAGAACGAGAAAGUAAGUCAAUCUAACCCCCCGUAUAGGUAUUUAUUACAAAUGUAAAUAUCUGCUAGUGAAGGAGUGAAAAUAGCAUCUAGAAUGUUUUCAUAGGAUUCAAAUUUGUGCAACCACUAUUCGCAUCCAGUUCGUGACACAUUUGUCUUGACGUGACUUGACAGCUGCGCACUGAGCAGUGAUCAACAACAGUAACGGUGGCCAUAAUCUUUUCUUGCAAACGAGCCUCUCUUGCUCCGGUUGACGUCGAGCAAAAGAGAGAUGAUUUCAUUGUUUUCGAGAAAGAUGCCCCUAAAC